AUGUCACGUGCGGAGAUGGCUCCCAGCGGGAUGGAGUCUCUUGAUGAGACGUCCUUCAAGUUAACCGCUGCUCCCCCCGCAUCCUCGGACGAAAUCAAUAUUGCGGAGUGCGAUUUCAUCAAUCGCAUCGAAAAGUCUGUUGUUGGAUCUGAGAAACAGCCUCCAAUCUUCAGCAUGAGUGUCAUCCUUUGCACCGGCAACUUUUGGGAGGCGCUGUCCGGAAUUUGCUCUCGCACGAUUCAGCACCCAGACUCCCAAGUCAACCGCCUCUGCAUCACCCCGGACAAGCGAUUCCUCGCCGCCGCAGGCCACAACAAUGUCAAACUGUUUGACAUCAAGUCGACCAACCCCAACCCUGUAAUUACCUUUGAGGGUCACACGAACAACAUCACCGGUGUCGCUUUUCACUGCGAGGGAAAAUGGAUGGUCACUAGCUCCGAGGACGGAACUGUCAAAGUUUGGGAUACCCGUACCGGUAGUCUCCAGCGCAACUACGUCCACCGCGCUGCUGUAAACGACGUCGUCAUCCACCCUAACCAGGGCGAGCUUAUCAGCGGUGACCAUGCCGGAAUGGUCCGUGUAUGGGACUUGGGCGAGAGUGUUUGCACCCACCAGCUGAUUCCAGAGGACGACACUGCUGUCCUGAGUGUUAGCGUUGCUAGCGAUGGAUCUCUACUGUGCGCUGGAAACAAGAAGGGUAAUGUGUAUCUCUGGCGCAUGGUUCAGACUGACGAGACCACUCGCAUCAUCCCGGUCUGCACUUUCCAGGCCCACAAGGACUACCUUACCCGUGUUCUGCUCUCCCCUGACGUGAAGCACCUGGCCACUUGCUCCGCCGAUCAUACUGCCAAGGUCUGGAACCUCGAUGCUGAUUAUCUUCCUGCCAAAGCUGUUCUAAAGCAGUGGAAGGAGAAGGAGGCCCAAAACCCCCCGCAGAAGCCCAAGCAGAAGUCCCAACUCCCGUCAUCGAGGCUCCUUCCCAACCGUGAUCUUCUGCGUAUCACCGACAACCCUCCCCGCCAGGAGACCCCCCAGCAGACGUUCACCUCUUCUCCCGACGGCCCUCCUAUGGACCCAGUGAACCACACCCUAUUCCUGGAGACCACCCUCGCCAACCACCAGCGUUGGGUCUGGGACUGUGCUUUCUCUGCCGACUCUGCCUACCUGGUGACCGUCUCCAGUGACCACUACGCUCGUCUGUGGGAGCUGAGCACCGGAAACAUCAUCCGCCAGUACAGUGGCCACCAUCGUGGCGCCGUGUGUGUUGCUUUGAAUGACUACUCUGAGCCUCGCUAG